GGGAAAGAAGAGCCUGAACGAACUACAUAUUGUUCAUAUAAAAGAGAACAUGUUAGUCUUCCUGUUUUUCAUACUCAUAACAUCCAAUUUACAUCCAACAUCAGCUUUAUUUGUAGUGAAAGCAAACAAGAUGAAACAUAUAGCAAGGUACGGGGACAUAGUUCAACUUGUCUGCAACUUCCCAGUGAAUGAUAAUUUUAACAUGGAUCAACUUAAGGCCUCUUGGGAAUACAUCAACUCAACUUCAAGUCUUCGGGUGGAAAUAUUGAGACUUAACAAUGGGAAGAUAGAAUUAUUAGACCACAAACGCGCUCACAAUAGGAGAAUAACUAUGUUGAUGGAUGAACUGAGGAAUGGACAGGCUGUUUUGGAGAUCACACAUGUGAAACUCUCUGAUGCAGGAACUUAUCGCUGUGUUUUACAGCUAGGAGGAUCUGACUAUGAUGUAACUACCCUUGAUGUGCAAGAACAUGAAAGCCAUUCAACUAUACAAACUAUUACUACAAUUGUGAUCAUAUGCGGAGCUAUUUUUCUUACUUUUGUCCUGCUAGUCAUUUAUUGGAAAAGAAAAAAGUCUUUCAAAUGUUUUAGAAAAAAAGGGGAUCAGGUGACUUAUUAGCAGACUGACUCAGCACUUAUCUCAUUACCAAUGAAGAUAUGAAAAAUACUCAAAUAUUUAUUAAAAAAAAAUCAAC